AUGCUGAAGGAGCACACCCAAAGUAGCCAUUACUACAAGGAAGGGCCUGGCUCGGGCUCUGGUCAUGGUCACUACGAAAGACUUCGGGGUCCCUCUCCACAACUCUCCAUUGACCAGUGUUCAAAUUCAAGCUUUCGCUCAGAUCGGGAGCAACAAGCUGGAAACUACGGCAGAGAGUGCUUUUCAUCUGAUGAUUUGAGAGGACCUGAGGGCCACCAGGCCCCGCCGGUAGCUGGGAGGUAUGCAGGAGAUUCAAGCAGGAGGCCAACAGUAGGUCAUGCGUAUGCCUGCCAGAGCUCACCCACCCAGCCCCACCCUCCAGAGAAGAAAACGUAUGCCAAAGAAUCUGAACCAGAGGCUGGUGAAGAUGCAGAUGCUAAGCAAGGCAUGAGGAGUUGGAGAAUCCACUCCUAUCUUAACACCUAUGAGGAUGGUGGCGAAGAAGGUCUGACACAACCUUUGGGUCCUGAUGCAUUUGAAGAUCCCCCACCUCAGAAAUCCUCUGCUGAUGACAACCCCGCUUCCCGCUAUGGACUAAAGGAGCCACCAAAUGUUCCCAACAAACCCAAAGCAGAAUACACGAGACCACGCUAUGGAAAGCCCAUUUUACCUGAUAGCAACAGCAGAGAAUCUUCCCUGACAACAACUAAGGAUCUGUAUUCGUCUAGCAGAGACCUAAGGCCAUCUGUACUUGAGAAGGAAACAGAGAGAGGUGCAGCGAGGGAGGUCGGUGUGGAUGUGGGAGGGAAAGAAGCUCCUGAUCGCUUCCUUUCCAAACAUGAAUCAUUCCAUUCACGUAACAACCCACUACUUCAACGUAGCUCACGUCUGCGUUCUUCGCUUAUUUUUUCCUCUUCCAAGGUAGAGAUGCAUAGUGGUAGCCUUGGCCUCAAAACAGCCACAGAGGAAGACGAGGAGUUGGACUCAGGGCGCACUUCCUCGAUUGUGGCCCAGAUCCUAGAGAAGAGGAGGUCAUUGACUCGUGAGCCUUUUGAGUGGAGAAAGAAGGCUGAGGAGAGAGAGAAGGAGAAGGAGAAAGAGAAAGAAGAGAACGAGCGACUACAAAAAGAAAACGAGGCUCGAUUGACAGAUGAGCUCAAAGCAAAAGAGGAACUUCGGAAAAAGAACGAAGAGGUAAAGACGACGACGACAACAGCAGAGAAAUUUGAAGUCUCCUCCUCAUCAUCAUCCUCAUCAUCAUCUAUGAACAUGAAUGACCCCGCCAGUCGACUGCAGUAUUUCAAAGAACUGGCUGCUAAGAGAAAAGCAUCAAAAAUGGAAACAGAGUUGUCACUUAAAGCCCCACAGCCUGUUGAGAAAAAGCCAGACCUUUCUGAUAAACCUCCCAUAAAACCUGCAAUAACUCCAAGGAUCCCAACUGUCUCUGUUAGUUCAGCAGAACCUCUACUAAAGAAGACAGACCUUUCUGCAAAGAUAGCAGAGUUCACUCGCAGAACUUCCUUUAGUUCUGUGAAACCACCUAUCUUGAAACCUUUGGCGAACCUCCUGAAGCCUUCGGAGACAACUCAUAAAGAUGAUAAUGCGUCAGAUGGUCAAAAGAAGGAUAUAUUCAAGAAGCCCUUUCCUUCACCUAAUAUCUUCAGGAGAGAUCAGUUGAAGCUCAAAGGAAUCGGUGUUCGUCGCAUCUCCUGUGGUGAAGACGUUCUGACCACAGACGCUACGGACGCAGAGAAGAGUGAAAUGAAAAAGAGUCGCCCUCAUAGUUCUUCAACUCUGCCACGUGCCGAUUCAAAAGAAGGAAUGCAAAAAGUAAUGGGGUCUACUACAUCCAUCAACACACUUGGUGAUGGAAAGGGUGAUGGUAAGACACUUGACUUCUUGAAGAAGCAGACUCAGAGGCUAAAGGGAUUCCUGGGGCCCAAGGACAAGGAAAAGAGAUCUUCAGGAGAUGAAAAGAGCAUGAGCACGGUGAAAGAGCUCACUGAAGAAUUCAACAAAAAGCAGAGUUCAUUGGUUAAAGAUAAAGUAUCAGCCACUACCGACCUAACUACAACCAAUCACAAGACAUCGACCAUCACAUCGGGUACAUCUCGAUACCAGUCCCCCAGCAGCUCUGUUAUAUUCAGCAGCAACCUACGAGAUGACACUAAAGUCAUCCUGGAGCAGAUCUCAGCCAACAGCCAGAAGAACCGACUGGAAAGAGAAGAAAAAGGAGGUGACGCGGUCAAUUCCGUAAAAAAUAGCAGAUUUCUGCGUCCGGUCAGCAACAUCGAGGAGCGAGAGGGAUUACUCAAGAGGAUGGAGAGUAUGAGGAAGGAGAAGAAGGUCUACAGCCGCUUUGAGAUGGGGAAUACCCUGGGAUAACGAAAGAUGGAGGAAUCACCUUUUAUAUGGAAACUAUUUAUGCAAGAUGAUCAAAAAGACGCAUUGCCCAUAUAUGCCAACGACUCUAUCAAAGUACCUCUUCGGCUCAACACUGCAGCCUUUCCUGGAUUUUAAUACGACGUAAUAAAACUUGAAAAGACACUAUAAAAAUGCUGAAAACAAACUUAAGUCAUUGGGUUUGGAAUGUGCCUUUGUGCCAAGACAUGGUACUACUUUGACCUUAUAUGGGGACUGAGAGAAAGAAGAGGGACUCUACUCUCAUUGUGGCUGCCAUGGGCUAAUGUUUCACCCAACAGAAAAAGGUAGGGCAAUUCACCUACAACUGAACUUGUGUCGACGUGACUGAGGGAGUACGAGAGAAAUAUAGAACAUAUUGCACCUGAGGGUUGAUAUAAAAAGGAAUGUCAGGACAUGGCAGUAUGCAGUAUUACGCCAUGUGUACUAAGCUGUACCAGUGCUGUGUGUUUCUACAAGUGUCUGUGCAGCUGGGACUUGUCUGAAACUGAAAUGGAGAAAACGUCCUUGUGGAUUCACCGUGUGCCAAUGGCCCACUGUGGGCAUCACCAACGUUAGGAUUAUAUUAUUAAUCCUGGAACAGAAACAACAAUGAGAAAAUGAAGGGGAAUAAACAUGGGAUGAAUUGAUGAAGGGGGGCAUUUUAAGGGCAAAUCUGAGAUUAUAGAGAAAGCAGAAGCUAUCCAAAUCAAUGUUUGUUUAUAAUAACUAUUCUGAUGUUAUGGCAGAGUUUAAAUAGAAAGGAAAGCCUGUAGUGAACUUUAGGUGUGUAGGCGUGGACCUGCUUCUCAGGGUUAAACGUGACAGAUAACCAUUGAGAGAGGCCCAACGCAUUCAUGGUUGACAAGUGGAGUUAAAAGAUAUAAGUGUACUAUUCUUGGUCUAAUGUAAAUAAAGGUGUUAAGCAUUUGUAGUUGCGCUGAACGACUGUAAAAAACAAAACAAAAAGUGCCCUGUUUCUCUAUCAUUUAACAUUUGAAUUAGCCAUCAGGAAACAAAGAGGAACAACUAGCUACACUUUGCAGGACUGGAACAGGACCAUUACAUAAGUAAUUUAACUUCAGAGACCUACGCCCUACACAGGACUGCCAACUCCUUUGUUGGUGGGUAAACACUAGUGCACCAAAGAUGUAGUUAUACGGUACAGUUCCCAGGCUGCUCAACAGGUCAUUGGUUUAUGCAGAACAUCAAAAGCAUGGAGGAUGGAUUGAUUCAUGGAUAAUAAUGGAUAAUAAUUCUGGGGUUACACUGUUUUUUUUUUAGGAGGGGUUAUACUGUACAUAUUUAUAUAAAAAAGAACUUGUUGAUAAUCUAUAUAACAAAUGAGAAAUUGUUAUAUCACCCUAAAGUGCCUUCUGUUUUUCAUUAAUAUGCAAGUAUGUGGUCUUGGCUGUAAAUACUAAUUCGAAUUAAGUAGGGUGGCUCAGUUGCACAGUAAUGUGUUGUUGUUUAAAAAAAUCAAACAACCUCAGAGAGUAUUACAUUGUAAUUGAAAUACUGUUCAAAAGUAUUUUAUUAAAACUGAAUUGAACGUG